AAUCACUAUUGCCUCAGGAUCAAAAUGAACAAACGCCAAGCGUCAACGUCUUCUGUGCAAGACCCUGCUUCCGAUAAUCGUCCUCGCAAGCGAGUAUGUAAGGCAUGCGACCGAUGUAGGUCAAAGAAAGCCAAGUGCGAUGGGGAAAGCCCCUGUGGCCGCUGUACGCUGGACAAGACCAACUGUAACUAUGGAGAGAGGAAGUCGGGCCGUGAAAAAGUGUAUCCCAGCGGAUACGCCAAGAUGCUAGAAGAUCAGCAAAAAUGGCUAGUAUAUGCACUACAGAAACUAUAUCGGCAUAUAGCACGCGGUGAAGGGUGGCCUGGAGCACCUUUACGAUGCGAAGAUCAUGGCCAUCCGCUAACCCACGACAUACUCUGCCAUUUGGGAGUGCUUGGACAGCCAGAACGUCGUCUGUUAGAAAAUGAGUUGGAAAAUACACAGAAUACAGAGUACAGGACAAGUCCGGAGUCAGUCGAUACUACGUCUGAGACUGCGCAAACAAUACGUUUUCCAUCUAUCACAUCGGAAGAUUUUGUUGGACAGGAUUCACUAGCACUGCCAACUGCAAGUUUGCCACAGCAAAGUCCAAGUUUCAAAACCGAAUCAUCAAUGCCGCAAACGCCAGCCGGGUUAUUUACGCCGCAUAUAUCUAUGGAAGACGGGGGAAAUAUUCUGCCAUGGCAAGCAUCACAGCAUUGGCUAGAUAAUCCUUUUGACUUCAAUAGUACUGAUUUCCUAUCGGGUUUUGACUACAUGACUACGUCAUUUGAGGAUGCGUUUGCGCCAAGCGUACCCAAUAUCUAUGGGUUAUGAUUAUGUAUAUUUAGCUAGGACUUGUUACGGAGCGCACUUGAUAUAUUUCCGCCAAAUCACUUUAUUUGGACUAAUAGCAGCCCAAUGUUUAUACUUGUUCAGGUUUAGUGUUACUAUGUUUGACUUGGAUGAUGAAUGAGCAUAUGUUUUACAAUAAAA